AUGGACGCCGUCUUGGAGCCCUUCCCGGCCGACAGGCUGUUCCCCGGAUCCAGCUUCCUGGACUUGGGGGAUCUGAACGAAUCGGAUUUCCUCAACAAUGCGCACUUUCCUGAGCACCUGGACCACUUUGCCGAGAACAUGGAAGACUUCUCCAAUGACCUGUUCAGUAGCUUCUUUGAUGAUCCUGUGCUGGACGAGAAGAGUCCCCUCUUGGACAUGGAAUUGGAUUCUCCCACCCCGGGCAUCCAGGCUGAGCACAGCUACUCUCUGAGCGGUGACUCCGCACCUCAGAGUCCCCUCGUGCCCAUCAAGAUGGAGGACACCACCCAAGACAUGGAGCAUGGAGCGUGGGCGCUGGGGCACAAACUGUGCUCCGUCCUGGUGAAGCAGGAGCAGAGCCCGGAGCUGCCCAUGGACCCUCUGGCCGCCUCUUCAGCUAUGGCCCCCGCUGCCGCCAUGGCUACCACCCCGCUGCUGGGCCUCAGCCCUCUGUCCAGGCUGCCUGUCCCUCAUCAGGCCCCAGGAGAGAUGACACAGCUGCCAGUGAUCAAAGCGGAGCCCCAGGAGGUGAACCAGUUCCUCAAAGUGACACCAGAGGACCUGGUACAGAUGCCACCAACGCCCCCCAGCAGCCACAGCAGUGACAGCGACAGCUCACAGAGUCCCCGCUCUCUGCCGCCCUCCAGCCCCAUCCAGCCCAUGGCCCGCUCCUCCACGGCCAUCUCCACCUCUCCUCUCCUCACCGCCCCUCACAAGUUACAGGGGACGUCAGGGCCACUGCUUUUGACAGAGGAGGAGAAGAGGACCCUGAUCGCGGAGGGCUACCCCAUCCCCACGAAACUCCCCCUCACCAAAGCAGAGGAGAAGGCCUUGAAGAGGGUCCGGAGGAAAAUCAAGAACAAGAUCUCAGCACAGGAGAGUCGCCGUAAGAAGAAGGAGUAUGUGGAGUGUCUAGAAAAGAAGGUGGAAACAUUUACAUCUGAAAACAAUGAAUUGUGGAAGAAGGUGGAGACCCUGGAGAAUGCCAACAGGACCCUGCUCCAACAGCUGCAGAAACUCCAGACCCUGGUGACCAGCAAGAUCUCCAGACCUUACAAGAUGGCUGCCACCCAAACAGGGACCUGCCUCAUGGUGGCAGCCUUGUGCUUCGUUCUGGUGCUGGGCUCUCUCGUGCCCUGUCUGCCCGAGUUCUCCUCCAGCUCCCAGACUGUGAAGCAAGAGCCCAUCGCCACUGACAGUGUCUACACGGCCAGUCAGAUACCCUCCCGAAGCCUCCUGUUCUAUGACGAGGGAGCAGCCUCUUGGGAGGAUGGCCACAGAGCCCUGCUGCCUGUGGAGCCCCCAGAUGGCUGGGAAAUCAAGCCCGGAGGGACCGCAGAGCAGCGACCCCAGGACCACCUGCAGCAUGACCUUCUGGACAGCACACACGAAACCACCAAGUACCUGAGCAAGGCCUGGCCGGAGGACGUCGGUGGAAAUGGCACCAGCCCCGACUUCUCCCAUCCCAAAGAGUGGUUCCGCGAGAGAGACGUAGGUCCCAACACCACCAUCAAACUCUCCUAG